CCCGCAAGGCCGCCCCAUGGCCCCGCCGCGCCCGCCCCGCCUGGUGCCCGCGCUGCGCGCCCUGCUGUACUGGUCCCUGGUGUACGGCUACUGCGGGCUGUGCGCCUCCGUCCACCUGCUCAAACUUUUGUGGAGCAUCGGCAAGGCACCGGCUCAGACCUUCCGCCGGACGGCCAGGGCAAACCCUCCGGCGUGCCUGAACGACCCCUCCUUGGGUACCCACUGCUACGUGCGGAUCAAGCUCAUCUCCCACGUGCACAGUGAAGUCCGGGGCACUUGGCACGUCCCACUGUUAGAAGCACACACAAGAGGAACAGGCAGCGAGGGGACCAUAUAUGAAACACUCAAGGAUUCGGGGUUAAGAUUUCACUAUGUUGCCGCCGGAGAAAGAGGCAGACCGCUCAUGCUACUGCUUCACGGAUUCCCAGAAUUCUGGUAUUCUUGGCGCCACCAACUGAGAGAAUUUAAGAGUGAGUACAGAGUUGUCGCGCUGGAUCUGCGAGGCUACGGCGAGUCAGAUGCGCCCGUUCACCAGGAGAGUUAUAAACUGGACUGUCUGAUUGCAGACAUAAAGGAUGUUUUAGACACCUUAGGGUAUACCAAAUGCGUCCUGAUUGGCCACGACUGGGGAGGCAUGAUUGCCUGGCUGAUUUCCAUCUGCUACCCUGAGAUGAUAAUGAAGCUUGUUGUUAUCAACUUCCCACACCCCAGCGUGUUUACAGACUACAUUCUUCGGCACCCCGCCCAGCUGCUCAGAUCUAGCUUCUAUUACUUCUUCCAAAUACCGUGGCUCCCGGAAUUUAUGUUCUCAAUUAACGAUUUCAAGGCUUUGAAACAUCUGUUCACCAGCAGGAGCACUGGCAUUGGAAGGAAAGGACGUCGGCUGACAACAGACGAUCUAGAAGCUUACAUCUAUGUCUUCUCACAGCCCGGGGCACUAAGUGGUCCAAUUAACCACUAUCGAAACAUUUUCAACUGCCUGCCUCUCAAGCACCAUGUGGUGACCACCCCGACCCUGCUCCUGUGGGGGGAGGAAGACGCGUUUAUGGAGGCCGAGAUGGCUGAAGUCACAAAGAUGUACGUUAAGAACUGUUUCAGGCUCACCGUCUUGUCAGAAGGUAGCCACUGGCUUCAGCAAGACCAACCUGACACGGUGAACAGGCUGAUCUGGGCAUUCCUCAGGGAAGAGAGGAGAGAAUGACUUGAUCUCCUGUGAGGAGUCUACAGUGGAACCCUGAAAAGCUUAAGACUCAUUCAUCAGCUUGAGUUUUAUCAGGAAAAAAAUGCCUGUUUUAAUGUGCUCGAUCAUAAAUAAAUAGAGUGAGACAUGGUA